AUGGAAUCUCUUGUGUAUGAGAACUCGCCCUUGGCAGACUACCUCCAAGGAGAGGGUGAAAGCGACAACAAUUGGCCUGUUGAGCUUACAGAGAAUGAGGAUAGCGAUACUGCAGAUGCGACAAUGGACUUUGCCCCUCGAGGGGCCUCGAAAUUUCAAGAGAGAAUCCGCGAUAAGCUUCCGAACCAGCUAGAUUCCAAAGUCUCGCAACGAAGUGAAGCAUUGGGGAGGUUCUAUGAUGCCUGCGCGUCCACUUUGAAUUCUCGCAUCGGACAAAGCGACAACGCAAGGUUCCUCGAACAGUUCGGUUAUGUGAUCGUCGCGUCACAGUUGUUGAACGAACAUAGCGCUCCAUCAUACACCUCCGCCGCAGAUGUGCUGUCGCAUGCGCAACCUGCAGAACUCCCAUCGCUUUCCACAACGUUCGGUUUACAAGGUGCCAUUGUCACCGGUGCGACUUCCUUUUCGAUUGCAUGGUUAUUACACUGGAGCCGGCCUCGAUCAGGCACCGGCAUAAACCCCCGGAAAGUGAGCAUUCUUAUGGUCUUGGUGCCGGUCCUCGGGGUUCUGUUCUAUGCUUUUGCGAAACGGCAGUGGCUCAAAUAUCUGCGCCAUCAAGCGGUUGAUGCGGCUGCGAACUUCAUCAGCAACGCGCAGGGGUUCGAUUCGGCUGCCUCAGCAUCAGUGGUUUUCAUACAAGAAGUCGAACUUGUCUCCAGGGGUUAUCGCAUAAGUACGCCCUUACCUCCGGUGAGCAGACUCGAGGACCAGGCACAAAUUCGACGGUGUCUUCGACUCCGUCGGACGGUCUCUGAGUGUUUGUACUCAAUGUUGGAACGAUAUAUCCGGUCGCUACAUAUUCUACAGCCGCUCACGGACGAUGUCAACCUUGCUAGAUAUUACGAUAUCUACGAUAUCUCGCUGGAUGAACUUGCUGAAGCCAAAUCCAGCUUAGCUGAACGCUCGACUGAUGACCAAUAUUCGCUGCGCGCCCUUCGAACUCUCUUCGGAAGACUCUAUGGCAUCAGGAAAAGUGUCUUGUGCUGCCUGCUGGCUCUCAGUGCCGAUGGUGGCGGUUCUGACAUUGAAAGAUGGAGCACAGCUGUGGAGCAGAUGCGGGAUUUGGCAGAUGUGACAUCAAAGAACAUCCGCAGGAUGACCAAUAUCCUCAGUGAGGAAGACCGUGAAGUUAUCCCACCUUCACCUCUACCCACAGCCUCCCCCAACAAGGACGCACUUAAAGCGCAAUAUCGAAGACUCAACACUCUUUCGCAAGGAAUCCGGGCUUUGCACGCUAAAAUGCAUGUGAUUCGUGAAGAGUCCCAUUCCAACCUUGAUGAAGCCGAUACCGGUGAACUGGAGGCUACGCUUAUCGCGCAGUACGACUCGGUCGGGACAGACAUACGGGGCCUCCUCCAAGAGUGGGAAGCCGGAAAGUCUGCCCUCGUCAACAGCUUCGAUAGACAAUCUCUCGCAGACCGCUACUCACGGCCGUCGAGUACGUUGGCACCGUUGUCGCCGACGCCUAGCCUUAGCGGUGUUACAGCGGUUGAAGGAAGCCCAUCGGAUGCGCUCAAGGCAUUAACAGGCGAAGGUUCUCGUCUGGAUAUAAGCGUCACAGAUGCUCCCGAGGAAGAGGAAAUCUUUGAAGCCGUGGCACUUCCAUCCCGUAGCAAUAAACGGUCCUCUAUCAGCAGGGAAGAACGUAUUGCACGCGUCAAAGAAGAUCGAGCAAAACAAGCGGCUGCACAAGAUCGAUCCACUGCCAACACUAGUAUGCUGAGGGAGCUUGAAAUGGUCAUCAAGCAGAGACCCCAUACGGCAGCCUCGAAGCGGGUCACAAUGUUAGAAGCACGCCUUGAACAAGCUAGUCUCCUCAAGCGCGUCGCCGACGCCAUCAAAGACCUCGUCCAGGACUGCAACUUCGACUGCAAUGACUCCGGGAUUGCCCUCCAGGCCAUGGACAACUCCCACGUUGCCCUGGUCUCCAUGCUGCUCCGCGCCGAGGGUUUCUCCCCCUACCGGUGCGACCGCAACAUCGCACUGGGGAUCAACCUGGUCUCGUUGACCAAGGUUCUGCGGGCCGCCCAGAACGAAGACAUUCUAACUCUCAAGGCCGAGGACACCCCCGAUGCGGUUAACCUCAUGUUCGAGAGCCCGGAGACCGACCGGAUAAGCGAGUAUGAUAUCAAGUUGAUGGAUAUUGACCAGGAGCACCUGGCUAUUCCCGAAACAGAAUACGCAGCUACAGUUGAGAUGCCGUCGGCGGAGUUCCAGCGGAUUUGUAGGGACUUGAACCAGCUUUCUGAGUCGGUCGUUAUUGAGGCUACCAAGGAAGGUGUCAAGUUCUCCUGCCAAGGUGACAUUGGCAGCGGUUCCGUGACCGUCCGUCAACACACCAACGUUGAAAAGCCCGAGCAGAACGUCUCGAUUGCGCUCUCCGAACCUGUCGCUCUUACUUUCUCUCUCAAAUACCUCGUCAACUUCUGCAAGGCUACAAAUCUGUCUAGUUCGGUGUCCCUGUGUCUGUCCCAGGAGGUCCCUCUGCUUGUCGAAUAUGGUCUCGGAAGCGGUCACUUGAGAUUCUACCUUGCUCCCAAGAUUGGCGACGAGGAGUAA